AUGGAGGAGAUCAGCAAUGUAGCUGUGCUCAUCACACAGUCCUCCGCUGCCUCCUCUUCCUCCUCCACUCCGUCAGCACUCCGUCAGGGAUCCCUCUCUCAAACCCAAACCCAGCAUGAGGUGGACGCCUCCCAGAGUUUUCAGCAGAAACAAGCUGCAGAUUCUCUCAUCCAGGUCAUUGAGAAGCUCAGCAAAAUCGUGGAGAAGCGGCCCCAGCGCCGCUGCACCUUGGCAGGACAGAAACGAGCCUCUUCUGCGGGGGGAGGAGGAGGAGGAGGUGAGGAAGGGGCCAGGGGCAGCAGAGGAGGCUCUCCCUACACGAAAAUUAAAAGGAACUUUAAGGGGCAAGAGAGCGCAGAGGAGGUGCGAUUAGAUGGCAGCGCGGCUGAUGGCGUUCUUCCUUCUGCCGUGUCAGGUGAAAGUAACGUCACCUCCAUGGUCACGGAGGUAACCAGCAACCACAAGCGGACAGUGACUUGCUAUCAGUGCAGCCUGUGCCCCUAUCUCUCCCAAACACUGCCCCUGCUGAAAGAGCACCUGAAACAACACAACGAGCAGCACAGUGACCUCAUCCUCAUGUGCUCCGAGUGUCGAUUUACCUCCAGAGACCAGAGGCAGCUCGAGGCACAUGUCAGGCUGCACUUUGACAACGGUGGCAACCUGAGAAGUAAUUCUACUCAGACGGAUACCUACAGCCAGUGCAAAGAAGAGGACUUAGGAAGGCCGGAUGGGGACUGGACCAGGAGCAGUGGCAGUAUUGAAACUGAGGUAAUCAAAAGUUCAUCGGACGGUUCCAAGGAGCUACCACAGAAAAAGAAAUGGUAUAGCUACGAGGAGUAUGGACUCUACCGCUGCCUGAUCUGCAGCUAUGUGUGCAGCCAGCAACGAAUGCUCAAGACCCACGCAUGGAAGCACGCUGGCCUAGUUGACUGCUCUUAUCCUAUCUUCGAGGAAGAAGAGGGAGUUUCCACAAGGAGAGAGGCAGCAGCUAACACUCCUGCAACCAGGGAGGAAAUAGUUGUUCUUUCUCCAGUUCUUCAAGAUAAAAGCCUGCAAAAGCUGCCCACUGCCUUCAAGCUCCAGCUCUGUGUGCCAAUGGCUGUAGAGAACAAACAGCAUGUGUUAAAUCAUCUGGUUUCCAAUGAAAGUCCAAAAACAGAAGAAGAGGAGCAAAGUGUGUAUCCUAUCAAAGACCUGACUUCUGAGGAGCCCAUGGUGGAGGUGCAGGUGACAACAGAGGCGGAGGCUGAGGUGGAGAUUGGUGGUCACCAUGAUAGCACCUCUGUCACGGACAGCCUACUGUCAUCAGCUCAGAAGAUUAUCAACAGCAGUCCCAACAGCGCCGGCCAUAUCAACGUGAUUGUAGAACGCCUUCCGUCAGCUGAGGAUUCAGUCAUGGCUACUAACCCACUUCUGCUCAGCCCAGAUGUGGACAGGGACAAGAACUUACUGGAUGCCGAGGAGGAGGAGCGGGGCCAUGUGGUGGCUGUUAAGGAGGAGGUGGUCUCUGACUGCAGUGUGAGUAGCAACACAGAGAGUCCGCCAUUAGCAGCCGAUAUUAAACCCUCAAUCAGUAGCGACUCUCCACGUGAUGAGAAUAUCCCCCCAGCUGGUCGCAAGAGGACUCAUUCUGAGUCGCUCCGCCUGCACUCCUUGGCAGCUGAGGUGCUGGUCGCUAUGCCUAUGAGGACCCCUGAGCUUCCCACCUCCAGCGCUAAGGUAAGUCUGAAGACAAUUACAGCCCAGGCACAGAGCCCAAACACAAAACCGGUUGAGGUGACCUCAGCUGGACAGAAGGAUUCUGAUGCUGGGACGACAGCAGCUCUGUUGGACUUGGAGCUUCAUAGCGAGGGCAGAGAGGAAGAUUUAGGCUCCCUGUGUCUGGCUGAAGAAGAUGAGGAGAGCCCUACCACUAAAGCAGGCAUCAGCCUGUCACUGCUCACUGUCAUCGAAAGGCUCAGAGAGCGCUCAGACCAGAAUGCCUCCGAUGAGGAUAUCUUAAGAGAGCUCCAGGACAACGCACAGUUCCAAAACGGAGCCGUUGCUGGUGUGGUCACAGGGAACGGAGCUGGGAGUUACAUGUGCAGCAUCCCAGGGAUGGACGGGUUGGUCGCAUCACCUGACGGUGGUCUGGUGGACUACAUCCCCGGCAACGAAAGACCGUAUCGGUGCCGCCUGUGUCGCUACAGCAGCGGCAAUAAGGGCUAUAUUAAACAGCACCUACGGGUGCACAGGCAGAGGCAGCCGUAUCAGUGUCCCAUCUGUGAGCACAUUGCCUCGGACAGUAAGGACCUGGAGAGCCACAUGAUCCACCACUGUAAGACCAGGAUGUACCAGUGCAAGCAGUGCCCAGAUGCCUUCCACUACAAGUUCUGGUAUAACUGGUGGAGUUCAAGUUACCUGGAGACGAUAGUAGCUUACAUCCAUGCCAGCUCCUGGGCUGCUGGCACAGAGCUGGAGUUCUGUCAGCACACAUACCAGAGGAGAUAUGGAGAUAGUGACACCAUGGCGGAGAGUCGGGGGAACGUGAGGUCAUUCGCCAACAAGGUGGAUGAAGGGACCGCUUUGGUGAACAGCCAGUGUGCUCACAGAGACUGCAGUUUGUCCUGUUUCACGGAGACAUGGCUGGAUAUACUGGACAGCCAUGGAGACAAGGCUUCACACUAUAGCUGUGAGCUGGAGACAGAGAGAAAGAGAAAGCGAGGCGAGGAUGAUGACGACGGCAGGCUGGAGCUCAGUGCAAAGCUCCGGGUUAUCAAACUCAUUAAUCUACAUGCCAUAGUCCCCGGAUGA